UUAGCGGGUUUUGGGUCCGUUAUAGCUGACCGUGUGCAGGACCCCUUUGUCCAGAGAUAGGGGACGAAGAGGCUGAAGGAGCGGUUCUAGGGGUAGUAUUCAUCGCACACCGGGCACUGGCGGCGACAGCUUUGCCCAGGUCCCCGUCCCCAUCUCCCUGCGGUCUAUGCUCGCCUAGUUGGAUGGCUGCGCACACGCACCAGGCUUAGGUAUCCAUUACUGCAGAAUUGGAUAUGGCCCUUAUGCAGGGCUGUGUGAGCUUUGAAGAUGUGGCCAUUUGCUUCUCACAUGAAGAGUGGAGACUCCUUGACAAGACUCAGAGGCUCCUGUAUCUCAGUGUUACGCUGCAGAACUUUGCACUUAUAAACUCCCUGGGUUGUGGUCAUAGAACAGAAGCUGAAGAGCAAAGAGUUUCUACACGAGCAUCCCAAGCUUGGAGAUCAGAGACAACUCCAUCUGCAACGAAAGCUCACCUCUGUGAAAAGUGUGUCCCAAUUCUUCAAGACAUUUUGCACCUGCCAGAUCUACCUGGGCAGAAACAUAGUGUAGAGGUAUCUUCAAAAUGUGAUCAGCACCAAAAACAUACUAGUACAGAAAAUCCCUUGAAGAAGAACGCGGACAAGGCCUCGUACUUGAAACGAUGCCUGUUCUAUAUGUCAGCCAAGUCCUUCCCCAGUUGGGAUGUUGAGAAGGACCUGCCAGACAUACUGAGCCUUCUGAAAUCCCACGUCUUUCCCAACAGUAAGAAGCCCAGCGAAAGCACUGAGGGUAGGAAAGAAACUCACAGUCAUAAAAGUCAUAGGCCAGGAGACUGUGGGAAGCCUUCCAGUCAAAAGCAAGCAGUCGUUCACCAGCCAAAAGCCUCUUACGGGAAAAAGCUUUAUGAGUGCAGCAAAUGUGGGAAAACAUUCCGUGGCAAGUACUCACUUGACCAGCAUCAGAGAGUCCACACUGGAGAAAGGCCUUGGGAAUGCAGUGAUUGUGGGAAGCUCUUUAGCCAAACCUCCCACCUGAAUGAUCACCGUAGGAUACACACUGGAGAAAGGCCUUAUGAGUGCAGUGAAUGCGGAAAAUUAUUUAGACAGAACUCCAGUCUUGUUGACCACCAGAAAAUUCAUACUGGAGCAAGACCUUAUGAGUGUAGCCAGUGUGGAAAAUCCUUUAGUCAAAAGGCCACACUUGUUAAACACCAGAGAGUUCACACUGGAGAAAGGCCUUACAAGUGUAGUGAGUGUGGGAAUUCCUUUAGUCAAAGUGCCAUUCUUAACCAACACCGGAGAAUUCACACUGGAGCAAAGCCGUAUGAAUGUAACGAGUGUGGGAAAUCCUUUAGCCAAAAAGCUACCCUUAUUAAACACCAGAGAGUUCACACUGGAGAAAGGCCUUACAAGUGUACCGAGUGUGGGAAGUCCUUCAGUCAAAGCUCCAUCCUUAUUCAACACCGUAGAAUCCACACAGGGGCAAGGCCCUACGAGUGUGGCCAGUGUGGAAAGUCUUUUAGCCAGAAGUCUGGUCUCAUGCAGCAUCAGGUAGUUCACACUGGAGAAAGGCCUUACGAAUGUGACACAUGUGGCAAUUCCUUUAGCCAGUGCUCUAGCCUCAUUCAUCACCAAAAGUGUCAUAGUGCGUAAGAAACCUCAUGAAAGUAGCAGAUGUGGAUAAGCCUUCAUCCCAAGGCCUAGCAUCAUUUAGCUCCUCCAAGUUCAUACUUGAGAAAAGCCUUAGACUUACAAGGAAUGCCCUCUUUUAGUAUUAUGACACUAGAGAAUCUUCUGAGGUUGAUCUUAAUUCUGCCCACACCCAGGGGUUUGAGAUUACUCAGGAGUUCAGGCAUGGCUAGGCUCGGGACCUGCUUUGCCCUGAACCGGUCUGAUUUUUAGCUGUUUAAAGCAUGGCUACAACUCAGCUUUUACCAGGACAUCUACCCUAUUGUCUGCUGAAGGUGGCUACAUUUUGCUUAUCUGCUUCUUUUCAAAAGAGUAGUUUUUAAUCAGUAUCACAUGACAGUCGGUGAAUGUUUCCAACCUUCCGAUUACCAGUUGGUCCCUGCCUUCUUCCUGUUGCUCUGCUUUGUGCAUAGAUAGAUGCCUUAUUUUGAAAGCUACCUUGAUUCGUAGAGUCCAGUUUACUAGUGGGAAGGCUGGAAAACACAGACUGAGUUUUCUAGGAAAGGAUGGACAGUUUGUGUGGAUGUCUCAACUUGGUGUACCUCUGCAGGGACAGCAAAGGAGAAAAGCAAAUUUUUAUUACUGCCCGGGAGCUGGAGGGACUUCGUUACUGUAGUUUAUGACUUGGAAACUUCCUGUGGUCAUCCCGAGGCGAGAUCUGCUGUUGCCACAAGCUCCUGAACUUGUGGGAAUGGAAUGAAUUUGCUUUAUUUUUCUCAGAAGAUGUCCUUUUAAUGCCCAUGAAACAGAGGAGAGGCAGCUCGUAAAGGUCCACAGAGAAUGUGCCCCAAUACCAGUCAGUCCACAGGCUGCUGUCACUCACUGGAUGACCAUAUCUAGACGGGAACUAUCACUGACAUACAAGCGGUGGGUAUGGAAGAGUCUGCAGACAGCCCGAUGGAAUGUGCCUCUUGUAAAAGUCUUUGUCUUUUGCUAUGUUCACAGGACCUAGAAAUCUGUUUAUGUACAAUAGUCGAGAUCAUUGUAAAAAAAAAAAUCUGAAGUUUUGUGGGAUAGUGUGAUCUUUAUUGAUUAUGUACUGCUAAUCUGUUGUUCUAGAGAUAUGAAAAUGAGAUGGAGAUCCUGUAGCCCAGGAAUGUAGCUAUUGUAAUCACAGUCCAGCUGCUGUAUUUGCAACGUGGUAUGCCGCCAUCACUGCUUGACAUUAUUUCUUGCAUUAAUGAAGGACUGCCCUUACCCAUGCAUGAGGACAGAGUUGCAUCAAAAUGAUGCUACCAAGCCUCCUGGUUUCCAGAAAGUAUGAGUUCCGAGUUCUGUAUUCUGAGUCACUUUUUGUAAAGUUUACUAAUGUCGUAGCGAAAUGCAGUCAUCUCUAUGGUUUAUUUUUUGACAAGUCGUGUACUCGUGUGUAAUGAUGGCCUUGCCUGUGAUUUACCUCAUAACCUGUUAGAAUCUUCCCUCUUUUCCAGACUUUUAAGUGCUCACUAUUUGACUCACAACAGUACAGUUUGUGAAUGAAAACAAAAGUUGCUUUUUUUCCUAGAUAUUUUUGGCAAAACAUAAUUAUUUUGAGAUUCAUCACUGCUGCUUCUUUAAUACCUUAGCCUUUCUAUUGCUCUACUGUGUUUGUUUUUUAUAAUUACACUACCCAUCGAUCUGUUUUUAUCCAUUCAGCUUUUGAUGGAUGCUUAAGUUGAAUCCUUUCUUGAGCUGUUACAUGUAAGACCACAAUGAAUAAAGGUAUAUUACUCAUUUUGUAUAUGGUUUAUUUCUCUUGAGCCAGUAAUUCAAUAUAUGUAAAUAUUUCCAUUUUUAUGAAAUUGUCAGACUAAUCUAGAUUGAUAUAGACCAAUGGUUGGUUCUCAACCUUUCUAAUGCUGCAACCCUUUAAUAGAGUUCCUCAUGUUGUGGGGACCCCCCAUCUAUAAAAUUAUUUUUGUUGCUAUUUCAUAGUUGUAAUUUUGCUACCGUUAGGAAUUGUAGUGUAACUAUGUGUUUUCUGGUGGUCCUAGGCAACCCUGUGAAAGGGUUGUUCACCUCCAAAGGGGCAUGAUGCACAGUUUUAAGAAUCACUAAUCUGGACAGCUGUUGAACUCACUGUCCACACUCUUGCUAGUGUUUGGUAUGGAUAAUGUGUUUCCUUUGAGCCAUUUGAUCCAUUUAAAUAGAUAUAUAGUAACAUAGAGUAUAGUCUUACUUGCUUUUUUUGUGUUUCAUGAUAUUGAGUAUUGUUAUGUGUUUUUU